GGGGGGCAGCAGGGCCAAAGGGAUCCCCGGAGCCCUGCCGCCAUCAGAGAUCAAGCAUCUGGCAUCAGGGAUCUUCAGACCCAGCAGAAGGAUCAACCACAGGGGAGGUGUCCUCCAGGGGAAGCCAACGAGAGAGCCACCUGCCCCACAUCAGGAGUGGGCCCCCUCACUGACGCUGCUGGCAACCAUAGCAGGCCCCUAACCCCUCAGCCUCCAUCCUCGUCGUCCUCCUCAGGCCCUUUUCCCCACCUCCAGCUCUCAUCUCAACCCCCAGUUCCCAGCCCUCUGAGCCUCAGCCCCUGCUACCACCCGAACCCUCCAGGUCUUGGCCACAACUGACCCCCAUCCUGGGAUAUUUGCCAAAUCUCUGGGAGGGAGAUCAUUUGUUUGGGCUAUGCCCCCUGGUGGCAUGACGGUGUCUGCCUAGACCCCUGACCCUUCUCCCUCAACUCCCUCAGCCUCCUUUGUGUGAAGAGCCACCCCUCUGCUGAGCAGUGUGGUUGGGGGCCAAAGGGAAAGCCAGCCCCAGCUGUGCCCCCGGCCCCCACCACUUCCCUCCUUGCUGGGCAGCUCCCCCUGGCCUUUGGGCCUCUCCCUGCUCCCCUCGGCCCCUCCUCUUGGGCCGCCCCAAUGAAGGAGCCGGAUGCCAUCAAGCUGUUUGUGGGGCAGAUCCCAAGGCAUCUGGAGGAAAAGGACCUGAAGCCCAUCUUUGAACAGUUUGGCCGGAUCUUCGAGCUGACUGUCAUCAAGGACAAGUACACCGGGCUGCACAAGGGAUGUGCCUUCCUGACAUACUGUGCCCGCGAUUCAGCCCUGAAGGCCCAGAGCGCCCUGCACGAACAGAAGACGCUUCCAGGGAUGAACAGGCCCAUCCAGGUCAAGCCAGCCGACAGCGAGAGCCGUGGAGAAGACCGGAAGCUCUUUGUGGGGAUGCUAGGGAAGCAGCAGACAGAUGAGGACGUCCGGAAGAUGUUCGAGCCUUUUGGGACCAUCGACGAGUGCACUGUGCUCCGGGGGCCAGAUGGCACCAGCAAAGGCUGUGCCUUCGUGAAGUUCCAGACCCAUGCCGAGGCCCAGGCGGCCAUCAACACCCUCCACAGCAGCCGUACCCUGCCGGGUGCCUCGUCCAGCCUGGUGGUGAAAUUUGCUGACACAGAGAAGGAGCGAGGUCUCCGCCGAAUGCAGCAGGUGGCCACCCAGCUGGGCAUGUUCAGCCCCAUCGCCCUCCAGUUUGGAGCCUACAGCGCCUACACCCAGGCCCUGAUGCAGCAGCAGGCGGCCCUGGUAGCGGCUCACAGUGCCUACCUCAGCCCCAUGGCCACCAUGGCUGCAGUGCAGAUGCAGCACAUGGCUGCCAUCAACGCCAACGGCCUCAUCGCCACCCCCAUUACCCCAUCCUCAGGAACCAGCACCCCUCCUGCCAUCGCUGCUACGCCCGUCUCUGCCAUCCCUGCUGCCCUGGGUGUCAACGGCUACAGCCCCGUGCCCACCCAGCCCACCGGGCAGCCUGCCCCUGAUGCUCUGUAUCCCAAUGGGGUUCACCCCUACCCAGCCCAGAGCCCCGCAGCCCCCGUGGACCCCCUGCAGCAGGCCUACGCGGGGAUGCAGCACUACACAGCAGCCUACCCUGCGGCCUACAGCCUGGUUGCGCCCGCAUUCCCGCAGCCUCCUGCCCUGGUGGCCCAGCAGCCCCCACCGCCCCCUCAGCAGCAGCAGCAGCAGCAGCAGCAGCAGCAGCAGCAACGAGAAGGCCCCGAUGGGUGCAACAUCUUCAUUUACCACCUGCCCCAGGAGUUCACCGACUCAGAGAUCCUCCAGAUGUUUGUCCCCUUUGGCCAUGUCAUCUCAGCCAAAGUCUUUGUUGAUCGGGCCACCAAUCAGAGCAAAUGUUUUGGCUUUGUGAGUUUCGACAAUCCAGCCAGUGCCCAGGCUGCCAUCCAGGCCAUGAACGGUUUCCAGAUCGGCAUGAAGCGCCUCAAAGUCCAGCUAAAGCGGCCCAAGGAUGCCAACCGGCCCUACUGAGGGCCCCCAGGUCUGAACAUACCAGAGGAAGGGGCACUUCACCCCCUCUUCCCACGGCUGGCUCAGGCCCUCUCUGCACAUCCGCCCUGGCCCCUGAUUGGGCUCUGGGGCAAAAGCUGCUUCAUGGCCCGGGGCGCACAGGAUACGCGUCCACUCCCACCACCCCGCCACUCCCAAGGGCCCUGGCUAUGCUUCCCUGGUUCCAAGGGCCCGUUUCCUCUCAGGUGCCCUUUUGGCCUUGGUGAGGGAGCAAAAAAUGGCUUGAAGGCUCUGGGGUGUCUGCCUUCUGCUAGAGGUCCUCUGAGGGGCCUUUUGUGCCCAGCUUUCGUACCUGCCUCCCCCACCAGUGGGCCUGUUCUACUUGUGCAGGCCCCCAGGAGGACAGCUGGGGCCUCCCAC